AACAAGCUGCAUACCUUUAUUCGGGCACCAACUUUCUACCCAACAUUUUUCCCCCUUUCUCUUGAUCAUGUUUCUUGUCGUUGAAACUCCUUCUGCAUGCACGGCAUUUGAAGUCCUUCUGGACAUAUCUGGUUUCAUUUAAAACAGAGUCCAUUGUUCCCAGUAAUGAUAUGUAUCGCUUUUACAAAACAGUAUGUCUGUUGUAAUACAAGAGCUUAGGGAUUACAAGGAAUUUAAUAGGUGCGUAUAUUAGGUGCUGAGAUUAUAGGAACACUAUCAGGCUGAGCAGCAGAGAGCUAGUCCCUGGAAAGGCACGCAACGGACCUGAUUGAAGAUGGUGCUAAUCACUUCGAAAAGCGUGCAGUUCGGGGCGUUUUUUGUGUCUUUGGUCGGCUUCGUGAUAUCUUUUGUAACCACCUUUCUGCCCAUGUGGAAGACCCUCAACACAGACCUCAAUGAAAUGGAGAACUGGUAUCAGGGGCUGUGGCAUACCUGCGUGUUUCAGGAUGAAGUGGGUCUUCAGUGCAAAGCCUAUGACUCCUUCCUAGCUCUGCCUGCGGACAUCGUGGUCUCCCGGGUGAUGAUGUUCAUCUCCAUCGGGAUGGGACUCCUCAGCCUGAUCGUGACCAUGUUCGGAAUGGACUGUGUCAAACUGGGAGAAGGCAAGGAGGAGAUGAAGAAGAAGCUGCUGAUUCUUGGAGGGGUGCUCUCAGUGGUUUCUGGGAUUACAACCCUAUUCCCUGUCUCCAUGGUGGCAUAUGCGAUAGUCUCCGAGUUCUGGGACGAUAACCUGCCUGAUAUUGUCCCGAGAUGGGAGUUUGGAGAGGCCAUGUUCUCAGGGUGGUUUGCUGGUUUAUUUCUCUUGCUUGGCGGAUCCUUUCUUUUUGUAUCCGUGUGCAUGAUGAAGGACAGGCACCCAAGAAUCUACUAUUUAAACACUGAAAAGCAGAAAGAGCUGCAGUAUUUAAAGACAGUGGUGUUAUAGUCAUGAUGAUUCCUGGUUAAAAAGAUUACAGUAGGUUGCUAAACUCACAAAAAUACAAUGGGAAUGUGAAAAAAGUAUUGCAACUGCUUAUAAUUUACAACUUUCAAUUGAUCACCUUUGUUGCAUCCGCUAUUUUAUCUUAGGUAAUUAAACUUGUUUGCAGAUUUUUAUGGAAUUUAUGUUGAUUAAAAUGUCAUUCAUGCAGAA